AUGGUGCUGCAGCUGGGCAAGAAUAACUUGCCGGAAGCUCCCAGCUUGAGCUUGCAGACCUGCACGCAGGAGGACUUGGAAGUGCCAAGAGAGGGCCAGGAAGUGCGUCCAGAGUGCAGUGGCCAAGAAGGUUCUGGCCUUGGGCGGGAAAGGUUGGAGUUGUUGACCUUCUUUCUACCCCAGGAAAUAAACUGCCACAGUGGCCAAACUGAACCAACCAGCAGGCCGGAUUGGGCCCCCGGGCCUGACUUUGAACAUGCCUAUUUCAAGGUAGCACCUGCAAAUUACCAGCACAUCCUGGCUUUGGCAUUUGCAGUCAAGGAAAUCAAUGAAAAUCCUCAGAUGUUACCCAAUAUUACACUAGGAUUCAAGGUUUAUGACAGCUUUCUGAGCCAAAUUUGGACUUACAAUUCUGCUAUGCAGCUUAUUUCACCCAAGGACACACUUCUUCCCAACUACAAGUGUGCUAACCAGGAUAAUCUGUUGGCCAUCAUUGAGGCGCUGAUCUCUGACCUCUUCCACCAGAUACCAGAAGUUUGGGGGAUGUACAAGAUUCCACAGCUCCUGUGUGGUUCAGCUAGAGUGAUGCCUGAGGAAACCAAGCUGCUGUCUUUCUACCAGAUGGUUCCCAAUGCAGCUGAUCAGUACAAGGGGAUUCUCCAAUUGCUUCAGCAUUUCAACUGGAGAUGGAUUGGAUUUUUUUCUCAAAAUGGGGUGGUUUUACAAUGGUUUUUGCAGAAUAUGCUUCCAGUGUAUUCCAAGAAUGGCAUCUGCUUUGCUAUCAUGGAUUCAUUCAGUAGUGUGACUUAUGAAGCCAGCAUGGAAAAAUAUAUGAUAAUUAUACUGAAAUUUUAUAAUAAAGUCGUGAACAGUAUAACCAAUGUGUUGGUGUUUAGUGGGGAUGCACAUUCCAUGGCUGCUCUGUCAUGGAUAUUAAGCCAGGAAUUUAAAGGUACAAUGCAAAAUCCCAAAGGCAGAGUUUGGAUACUAACAGUUGGAAUGGAUCUAAAGUUCUUUUUCAAUCUAAACAGUUGGUAUAUACAAGACUUCCAUGCUGCUAUAUCAUUUUCACUUCAUUCUAAUGAACUAGCAGAAUUCCUAGAAUUUCUUAAAAGCAGAAGCCCUUCAAGCUCUGAGGGAGAUGAAUUCAUCAAGGACUUCUGGACUCAUGCAUUUGACUGUUCAUUCCAAGAUUCUGAUCUGGGCAAUAUGAGUGGGAGAAUUUGCACUGGAGAGGAGAAGCUGGACAGCCUCCCUGAGCAUGUGUUCCCAAUGCAUGUAACUGGUGACAGCUACAGUAUCUACAAUGGUGUCUAUGCUGUAGCUCAUGCUCUACGUGCCAUGCAUUCAUCCACUCUCAGAUGUAAGACAAUGAUGCAGGAAAGCAGAAGGAAGCUUCAUAUUCAGCAGACUUGGCAGCUCCAUGAGUUCCUAAAAUCUGUGACAUUUAACAACAGUGCUGGGGACAAGGUGACUUUUGACCAGAAUGGAAACCUAGUUCAGGGAUUUGAUAUUAUGAAUUUGAUCACAUUUCCAAACCAAUCCUUCAUUAGAAUAAAAGUUGGACAGGUGGAUCCCCAACUUCCUCCAGAAGAAGCUUUGACUAUCCAUGAGGACAACAUAGUGUGGCAUAGUUCAUUCAACCAGACACGGCCCCUUGCUUUAUGUAAUGCCAAGUGCCAACCUGGCUAUCGGAAGAAAAGAAAGGAGGGGGAGCCAUUCUGCUGCUAUGACUGCAUUCCUUGUCCAAAAGGGUGGAUAUCGGACCAUGAAGACGUGCUUGAAUGUUUCCAAUGUCCAGAUGAUCAAUAUCCAAACAGGAACCAAACGGCAUGUGUUCCCAAGAUUGUAACUUUCUUAUCUUAUGAAGAACCUCUGGGUGUCAGUUUAACCUCUUGUGCUCUUUCGUUUUCCUUGAUCACAGUUCUCAUACUAAGAACAUUUAUAAAGCACCACGACACUCCAAUAGUCAAAGCCAACAACCGGGAUCUCACCUAUGCUCUUCUCACUUCGCUUCUGCUCUGCUUCCUUUCUUCCUUGCUAUUUAUUGGCCGACCUGAAAAGGUGACAUGUGUCCUCCGCCAAACUGUGUUUGGCAUAGUCUUUUCAGUGUCUGUUUCUUCCGUGUUGGCAAAAACCAUCACUGUGGUUCUUGUUUUUAUGGCCACACAGCCAGGAUCCAGCAUCAAGAAGUGGGUGGGGAAAAGACUGGCCAGCUCCAUUGUUCUUUCUUGCUCCAUUCUUCAAGCAGGCAUUUGCACAGUGUGGCUGGCAACCUCUCCCCCCUUCCCAGAUACUGACACAAAGUCAACAAGUGAAGAAAUCAUCCUGCAAUGCAAUGAGUCAUCCCCAAUUAUGUUUUACUGUGUCCUGAGCUACAUGGGCUUGCUGGCCCUUCUCAGCUUCACGGUGGCUUUCUUUGCCCGGAAGUUGCCUGACAGUUUCAAUGAAGCCAAGUUCAUCACUUUCAGCAUGCUGGUGUUUUGCAGUGUUUGGUUGUCAUUUGUUCCAACCUACUUGAGCACCAAAGGAAAAUACAUGGUAGCUGUGGAGAUCUUUUCCAUCUUAGCCUCCAGUUUUGGGUUGCUGGGUUGCAUCUUUUUCCCCAAAUGCUUCAUUAUGUUGUUCAGGCCUGAGCUGAACAUCAAGGAGAAAUUGAUUAGGAAGGGGAAACAGUGA